CCCCCACCCCCCGUCCCCAACUCCCUCCUGCUGUCCUGUCUCCGUCUGUCCACAUCUGUACGCUGCUCAUAGCCACAGUUGCUUCGCGGCGCUAACACGGAAUAAAAAAAAAAGAAAAAAAAAUCAUUCACCAACAUGCCCUUCAAGCCAACACAUUGUUCCGCGUAUACACUAAACCAGGCGCGUCGCCCGCUUUCACAAUACGCAUUUUCGCGGAAGGACAGGGGUAACCCGGAAUACCCGAUAUGAAAUCUGCGCAUAUAUAGCGCUCAGACAAAACACCACUAGUUUCAUCAUUUUCUCAUCCUUCCUGUCUGCCAGAAAAAAGGAAGGAAGUAUCUUAGGAGUAAGGAAUAGUACGAGUUACUUCCUAAACGUAUUUAAGAUAUAAAUACUCACUUUUAAAAGUAUUUGUAAGGUACGUAUUUAAGACAGAGUAUAACUUGAGUAGAGUAAGCUGCGUACAAGUCUGCUUGAAACUACGUACUUCUAAAUGAACUUGAAACGUAACGCCGGAAACACGAAUGCAACAACCGUUACGUCGAAGGUAAAGGAACUUCUGUUAGAAAAUGGGCACCAUGUAUAAUUGAUUCAGGUAACAACAAGUGAAGAACAGCUACCAAGCACGCAGCACGGCUUGCAGAAGGAACGCGGUUGUAACGAACACGAAACGCGGUAUUCGUUUAUACUUGUAGUUGGCAUUCAGGGCAAGAAAGAAUACAGCGUCUGAGUGACAAGCCAACCCGAUGAAGAGUAACACGUGCAAGGCUCGAAGUGAGACGCUGUACAGCGAAACUGUGCGCAGUUAGCUGACAGCUGUCCUUCGUCCAGGACCUGUUGUAAUCCCCUACUGCAUAUUGCCUAGUGAAAAAGACACCGAGGGAGCAGCGACUCAGGUCUAGACAUACUGAACAUGAGCGAAAGGGGUGCGUCGUCACAACGAAGCAGGACCCGAACGAACUCGGGCCCUCACACUCCCAGCAGGGGAUGUUCAGGCUUCAAGAUGUACAACUUUGAAUACUUCUUCUCCAUCUCCGGUCUCAUGUCGCUCUGCGAAGUUAUCCUCGGCAUGGUAAUCUACUCUCUGCUAUGGUCCUCGCCCAACGUUCUCGACAAGUUCCUGGUAACGGUGGCGUUCCUGCAGUGGAUGACGGGCCUUUACAUCCAUGCCACAAUCGCAUUUUGCUCCGCAGGUGGUGCACUUCGCUGCUUGCUUCUGUACCUUCUCCACCACGGAAUCGGCGCCAUUCUUUACUUGGGUGGCGCCGUGACAACUUUGGUCAGUUCCUUGUACACCAACUCCGAUGAUUAUACCAGAACGGCAAGUGGUCUCGCUAUAGCAGCGUCAGGUCUACACUUCAUUCAUGCUACCAGGUACCUCCUCAAGCAUAAGCCCCAGACGGGAGCAUUCGAUCCUGAAGAACACAUCACAUCAGGCAUUGUGAUUAAAACCAAAAUAUCACGUUUUCGGAAGAGACCCCACCAAGUGGCGAGCGUGGAGAACGAACUAACGCAUGCAGUGUGUCCUGAAUACCUUUAAUGACCGCGGUGUCAUCGCUUCCUAGUGGGCCUUAUAGAGACGAUAGGACUCCUCGAAUGCUGUCAGGAGGAGUGUAAAUAAUGCUCUAUUUCAGCAGCAACAACCACGGCACAAUGUUCUUGGGUUGGGUGAUGUGGGUGUUACCUAUCUACUGGCAAGUGUGUGGCAAUAAAAAGUACGGUGCAGUAGA